AUGACUCUAUCUGUGAUAGUCCGUGAAAAUUCGAAAUCCCAAUACCGAAUUGUGCUCAGAAACACCUCGAUCUACGACGUGGCGGUGAAGAUAGUGAAUCCGAACGAAAGUCCAAAACUGGAUCGUUUGGAAUGUCUCGUUUUAUCUAACAAGUACACUGAUAUCACUGUUCUCGAGACACCGUCCAAAGCGGUCUUAUGUGGCAACAAGCAGAAGCCGGUUUCAAUUUACUGUCGCGCCAUCUAUCCGUUCAAUCGCAAGAACAUCCGUCAUUGGAUUGAGGGACACGUGACUGAUAAGCCUCAACAUCUUGUCCAGACACUCAACUUUGUCGUCGAUGACGCAGAAUUCUCGGCAAAAACGAUUGUUGUCGACCUGCCAGGCAAGUCGACCAUGGUUGAGUCAACUGGAUAUGCACUGAAGAUGAAUAACAGUAAAAAAGUGCUCCGUGCAUUUUUGGAAAACGAUACAACUUCUGCUUGCCAAUUUGAAUCAAAGUCUGUUCUGAAAUGUCUUCUCAAAGUGGCCAAACCUGACACUUUGAAAUCAUCUAAAACUCAAAAACCUGAGAAAGCUCCAAUUGAGAAAAACAACGAAGACGCCUGCUUCGUUGUUCCGCUGUUCAAAGCUCUCUGUAAUCCGAAAACCAAAGUGGAAACCAUGGCUCACUAA